AUGGGCCCUAAAAAGAGACCAGUUCCCUUAAACAUUUCUCCUACUGGUAAUGGAUUAACCAGCUCCAACAACACAGAUGUUGCAUGAGAGGCUAAAUUAGAGGCACUUUGGAAAAUAAUGGAGGAGCUGGAGUUAGAUGAACAGCAGAAGAGAAACAAGUUGAAAGAUGAGGGCAAUGGAGGUGUAGUCAGCAUGGAGUGCCUAGGACCAUCAGGAUUAAUCAUGGCCAGAAAGCUCAUUCACCGAGACAUACAACCUGCUCUCAGGAACCAGAUUGUCCGAGCAUAUGAGUGCAACUCUCCCUCCACCGUGGGCUUCUAUGGAGCCUUUCACAGCAAUGGAGAGAUCUGCAUGGAGCACCUGGAUACUGGAUCUGUGGACCAGGUGCUGAAAGAAGCACAGAGGAUCCCAGAAGAGAUUCUGGGCAAAGUCAGCAUUGCUGUGAGUACAUGCCUUGCCUACCUGAGAGAAAAACACCAAAUCAUGCAUAGAGAUGUGACGCCUUCCAACAUGUCAGAUUCACGUGGUGAGAUCAAGUUGUGUGACUUUGGUGUGAGUGGGCAGCUCAUAGACUCAAUGGCGAAUUCCUUUGUGGAGACGUGA